UUCGCGCGCCGCAGCAUCCCGGAUCAACGUCACAUUCGAGAGCCUCGACGCCGCUGGCACCUCCACCACCACCAGCCAGUCAGCCCUCAACAGCCAACCUGUGAUACCCACGAAAUCAAUAGUAUCCACCUGCACACUUUCUGCCCGUCCCGCGCGUGCAAGCAAGUGCUCCGACCGCUCAUCUAAACGACCUUCGCCUGACCUGCUCCCGGCCGUGCUACCGUUGCCUGCGAAAAUUUCUGGCUUGUUGAACAGUUCUUCUCAAGAGUUUUUCUCCCCCUUUCAGUAAGGGCGUUCCACCACCAGUCACUUACGCAGCGUUUUUGGAUAGUGCCUCGUACUUCCCGCAAAAUGUUCAGCUGGGCCAAGUCAGCGUUGUCCGCCGUCGCCGGCACCGAGGAGCCCAUUUACGGCCCCGAAGCCAUCCAGCCGGUUGGCAAGAAUGCAGGCGACCCUGCAUUUACCGAGUUGACCAAGGAGAACCUAAAAUGGCAGGCCCUCAACUACACCAACGUUGAGACCCAGACAUUCUACUUCAACUCAGACGCUGGCCACAUCGGCUUCUUGCAGGUCAUCUACAACAACAUCUUCGGUGCGCGCACAACGGUGCAGUUCAACACCAAGCUCUUCUACCCGAACAACGAGAAGCCCUUCCUCUGGUCUAGCGACCCUCUGUCAAAUUACGGCUUCGAUGAGGGCCACUACUCCUUCCACGCCGACGGCGUCUCCAUCCAGCUCAACGAGGACGGAUCUGCAUACACAAUUAAGGCUGCAGUGAACAACAGCAGCCUGGUUCACGUCAAAUUCACCAGGACCGCUCCUGGAUUCCAAGGCGGAAAGACUGGAACGAGCAACUAUGGCACAGACCCGAAGGAGCCAUGGGGAAGCAUGCACCACCACUUCUGGCCCAGGUGCAGCGUUGAGGGCUCUGUCAUCACCAGAGAAGGCGAGAUCAAGGUUGACGGCAGGGGAAUGUUCAGUCAUGCUCUGCAGGGAAUGAAACCCCACCACGCCGCCGCGCGAUGGAACUUUGUCAACUUCCAAUCGCCCUCUUACUCCGCUAUCCUCAUGGAGUUCAAGACUCCUCCAUCGUACGGAUCGACUGUCGUUCGUGUUAGUGGUAUCGCCACAGACGGCAAGCUGGUCACUGCUGGCAUCAAUGGCGACGUCAAGCAUCUCAAGACGAAGCAGGACUCGGACAACGAUUGGCCCGAGCCAACUUCGGCAAGCUAUCACUGGGUGGGCAAGACUGAUGAUGGCAAGGAGAUCACUGCAGAAGUCACUGGCCCUUUGGGUAACAAAUACGAUCGCGUGGACGUCAUGGCUGAGGUGCCUGGCUUCAUCAAGACCAUCGUCGCAUCUGCAGCUGGAACAAAGCCCUACAUCUACCAGUAUGCACCAAAGCUCACCAUUAAGGUGAAGGUCGGCGACGAGGUCAAGGAAGAGGAGGGUAUCCUUUUCACGGAGGCAACUUUUGUCUCGUAAAACCUUCCCAUAUGCAUCUAUACCAUCACGACUCAUAGCAUUAAUAAUAGAAAGUCAGGCCAGGAGCUUGAAACCUAAUAAGAAACAUAUUCUCGGGCUCA